AUGAGCUCUCCUGAUGAGGUGUCGGUUCGGGGAAGCGGGUUUGGGCCAGAAAGCGGGGAGCACUCAGAAGGACGCCGCCGCUUUAGCCAUGGAUCCCCGAGGAGACAUGGCCUUGGCGCUGACGAGAGGUUGUUACGGAGCAGUGAGGACAAAAUGUGUCUCCCAGACUCCAAGACCUUCCAGUAUGACUCCUGGCUAGACAGGGAUGAGAUGGAGGGAAGGUCAGUGAUUUGGGGCUGCGAAGGUCGCCCUGGCACUCCAGUGGAUGAGAGAGGGGACAGUUUGGACUUUGCACCACAGCUGACAAUAGAGGGCACAAGCUUCGGGCAGCAUGUAGCCAACCGGGAGGCCUGGGGUGUCCGCAGACAUCCGUCCCCAAAAAGCUGCGCUGCUGAGCCCUUGGGCAUUUGGGGAGACUCAGACGCAGGCACAGGCCGGAGAGGCAUGCGGCCCCCGACUUCUGUGGAAGGGAAGCACUUAUCAGCUAGCCAUCAGCACCCCAGGGGUCUGGGGCGGGGCAGGGCCUGGGUGACCCCAAGAAGAGGAGCCACAAGUAGGAUAAUAGCCAGUGAGGAUUUUCAGUAUCUGUCUUCUGACCCUGAGUCUUCUGAUGAAUUCAGUGAGACAGAAAUGAUGAGGGUGACCAUUUGCCUCAAAGAAGGAGGCCAGGCCAAGUCCACUGGCCUCACUGAGCGGGAAGACACAGCCAGACGCACAAAUGUCCAUGGCAGGGGAAGUUUUGUCCAUAUGCCCCCCUCUCUACUGGUCACUACUCCAAGAGGACUCAGCUCAGGCGUGGAGAAGCAGGCUUUGGGAGAGCUGGAAGGCUCUCUGUCUAAGAAAAAGCCAAGUGGGGUCUGGGGAAAAGAAGGGAGCAGAUCCUGCUACCCAGGAGCUGCCGUUGCCACCUCUGCUGCUGUCCCCGCCCCAGUUGCUAUUGCUUCAGGUGCCUCUGCCAAGACCAGCCCUAGAAAAAAGGCAGUAAAGGAGAAGACAACUCAGUGGGAUGCCUCAAGAGGAUCCCUGGGAAGAACCUUCCCACCAUGGGGACAGAGACUUAAGUCAGCUCCUGUAGAACCAGCCACUUUCCCCCCAAUCUCCGGGGUUGCCCUGCUUGGGAAGGCCAGUAAAUGUUCACUGCCUUCGGGGCCCAAAGAAUGUAAGCCCUUCUGCACUGGGAAGAGAUCCAUGGCAAGGAAGACAAAGGAAUCCCAGCCAGGGGCCAAAGAAGAUAAUGACCCAACCAGAGAUCCUGGCCUACAGGCCCAACUUCCAACACAGAAGGCAGAGCAACCUUGCACGUGCACGCAUCGUGGAGAAAUGAGCAGUGGAGACCCCAACACCAGAGCACCUCAAGUUGCAGGAAACUCUCAGUUCUUGUCCUUGAGCCAGAGAAGUGCCAGACCCAGAGCAGCUGCACCAGCUGGUGACCAGGAACCAUCUCUACAUAUCCCAUUCACAGCAGGAGAGAGGCAGUCUGAAACACCAGUAACAAUGGGUUGCCAACAGUGUCUGAUGCUACGGAAGGAAAUAGAGGAACUCAAGGAACAACUAGCCAUCAUGCAGGCCCUCAACGAAAAGUUCCAGGAUCUUUGAAAUGAUGCUGUGCUGUCCACAGGCCCUUUGAAGUUGGACCCAGCAUCCCUGCAGAAGAGGCCAGGCUACUCCCCACGGAUCCUGCUCCUUUCCCGUCACUCUACAGCACUGGUUCUCAGCCUUCCUGAUGCUGCCACCCUCUUAUACCAUUCCUCGUGUUGAUGUGACCCCCAGCAUAAGAUUAUCCCGUUGUUAUUUUCCUGCCUGUAAAUUAGCUACUGCUAGGAAUUUUCAUGAAACUACCCCACAAGCUGAGAACCUGUGCUCUCCAGCCAGAGCCCACUUUGUGCCCCUGACUUUGCCCCUUGCCUACCCCUGGGAUCAGCUGUUGCACACUAAGGCGUUUUUGUCCUGUGUAUGGUCCACCCUUUCUCUUUCGGUGGGUGAUGAGGUACGGCAACAGGGUGGUGGAAACUGUUCCUUUCCCACCCUUCAAAGAACACUAGCCCUCAUUUACACUCUGUCU